AGCCACCCUUCUAAACCAUAACGCAGCUAUAAAGGCAAGCGUAACAGAUAUAAAGCUCGUAAAGUAUACCCCGCAUUUGCCAUUGACUGGCCCCAUGGUGGCAGAAGGAGGGAAAUUGUGUUUGCCCAGUGCAGGCCCGGAUCCCGUCCGGUACCCCGCUUACGUCAUACGCCAAGUGUCCAGGGCGGUUAUUGAGCGGCCCACUGGCACUGUUGUGUGUUGCCUCCAUCAUCCAAGGCUACACCAACCACCUCAGAAUCUAUUGAACUUUGCUGUCGUCCGUUUUUGUGAACUUGUUUUCGCUAUUUUCGCUCUUUCUAACACGUUUCGUUCAUUUCGAUCUACCAACAUGCUCGCUCGUCUCAGUGCUUCAACCGUUAUAAAGAAGUCAACAGCAGGCCUGGUAUUCAAUGAAGCCAGACGGGCCAUAUCUGUUCAGGUGAGGCCAACAGUGCAGCAAGGAACGAAUAGCUUCGUCGUGCUAAAUUCGACCUCAACUUGGUCUUUCAUUGUGUUACAUGGUUCAGCAGCAUUCCAGAGUGGUCGCGCGGGGAAAGUAUAUCCAUGGCUUUGAGAUUCAUCGAGUGAAACCUAGCGCGGUGGAUGAGUACAAGAAAGCAGCUGAAGGCUACUAUGCGUCUAUUAAGGAUGAUCCUGAGCUUCACGUGAAGCUAACUGGCAGUUGGGAAACAGUCGUCGGAGAGCAAGAUACUUUCUUCCAUAUUCUCGAGUACGAGAAUUACUCUGGAUAUGACAAAACGACUGCCAAGAUUCGCACUUCCGAAUACUACAAUGCGUACAAGAAGAUGGCGCCUUAUCUAAACUCACGAUCGCUGCAACUCUCGCAGGAGUUCGCGUUCUUUCCUACGGCACCUCCUCAUACCGAAGGUGGUAUUUUCGAGCUGCGAUGCUAUCAGCUCAAGCCUGGAACAUUACUGGAAUGGGAGCAAACAUGGCGGAGGGGUAUUGAGGCGAGGCGGAAGUUUGUUGAACCUGUAGGUGCAUGGUUCUCACAAGUUGGUCGAUUGCACCAAGUAUACCACCUUUGGCAAUAUCCGGAUCUGAAAGCUCGGAAGGAAACUCGUGAGAAAGCAUGGCAGUUGGAUGGCUGGGCCGAGACUGUUGCAAAGACGGCCCACUUCUCGAAGUUCAUGGAUGCAUAUAUCUUGCAGCCCUUACCGUACAGUCCUUUGAAGUGAUUGCGGGUUUUGCUUGUCUACUCUUCUUCUACAUCUUGCGUAUUGUAUUAUAUAUUGGUUCUGGAUGUAUCUCGAUCUUGUCCCAUCUCGUGCUAUCAUUGCAUCUGAUAAACAUGUCUCAGAAUGUUUUUCCUUCGUCAGUUCUGUGAGAAAGUAAGGGAUGUACGAAACUGCUGGUAAUCAAACGAAGUAACAGAG